ACCGUUCCACGAUCCAUCCAUAAGCAUAUUUUAUCAGUUUCAUUCAUACCUCCUCGACCGCUUCAUUCUUCAUUGCGAAUCGAAACCAAAAGCUGCUCAUCUAAAUUUUCUCAGAGCUUCAUUUGUUCCUCGUCCGCCGCUUCAUUCUUGCUCCACCGCCAAUCGAAAGCUAAAAUUGUUCAUCCAAAUCAAUUUCAGUUCACUCAAAUCCCUAGAACCCUAAAACUCAAAUUUCUCCAGAUCGUCCUGAUAUUGAAGGGCAAACCCAAAACCCAGAUCCCUAACUCAAUCAAUCUGUUCAUCGACUCUUCAACUCGCCUUCUGGAACAAAACAUCCAGGGCUUAGCUGCUGCCUCUCUUGCCUUAUGAAAAAUGAGAAUAACUUUACAAAGAUGUAAUUCCUUUUUGUAAAGUGCAGAAUCAUUGAAAAGAGUAAAUCUCAAGAGUGCAGAAUCAUUGAAGAUCAGCACCAAACAAGUUGGGUAACAGUGACAAACAGAAGUGGUUUCUAAGGUGCUCUUGGUAAAGUGCUUAUCCGUUUUGUAAAGUACUUUCCCCUUCUCCAUUACCACCAAGUCAGUCAUUGCAUUAGUUAAUUACCUCCAAUAUAUUUGAGGUUGUUACUUACAUAUAUAAUCAUAUCAUAGUUUAUUUCCUCUUCCCCCACAGCCAAGUCAGUCAUUGCAUGCAAUUUGCAGGCAGUACUCCAAGUCCAAGUCACAUAAAAAGAUACUGUUAGCUCCCUUGUCCUUUCAACUAUCAAUAAUGCAUUAGGUUGAAAUUUGGAAGCAUUUGAAUCAUCUAAUGUCCCUUGUCCUUUCAAAUUUCAACGUAAUGCAUUAUUGAUAGAUGAAUAGCUGUAAUCCUGGCCAAUUAAGAAUCUUUUGGAUAGCCUCUGUCUUUUUGUGUUCCUUUCUUUCCUUUAUUCCUCUCUCUUUCGGCAGUGUGUCGCUUGCACACGCGAACAGUAUUGUAUUAUGAACUUUUGACUGAAGGAUCUUGAUCCGAAUACAAACACACACAACAACCACUGCCAUUUUUUCUCAAUCGUGAUCUGAACCAGUGCAGUAACAUAAACGGUGGAUACCGCCAUGACAGCCCACGAAGCCUCCUCUUCAUCCUCUUCUAAGUCAAAACUUUGGAAUUACGACGUGUUCUUGAGCUUUAGCGGUGCAGACACGCGUAAUGGCUUUACGGACCACCUCCACGCGGCAUUAACAGACAGGGGAUACCAGGCUUAUAUCGAUCAAGACGAUCUAAAAAGAGGGGAAGUAAUAAAAGCAGAACUGUUCCGAGCAAUUGAAGAGUCGAGAAUCUCUAUCAUUAUCUUCUCAAAAAGUUAUGCAGAUUCAACUUGGUGUCUUGACGAGCUUGUGAAGAUCAUGGAGUGCAGAUCCAAACUGGGGCGACAUGUUUUGCCAAUAUUCUAUCAUGUUGAUCCUUCGCAUGUCAGGAAGCAGUACGGAGAUUUAGCCGAAACAUUCCAGAAGCACGAAGAUGGCAUCGGUGAAGAAAAAGAUGACAAGAACCGUGAAUUUAAACAAGAAAUGGUAAAGCAGUGGAGAAAGGCUCUUACAGAAGCUGCAAAUUUGGCUGGCCACCAUCUUCAAAUCACUGACAAUAGGCGUGAAGCAAAGCUUAUUAGAGAAAUUAUUGACAAGAUUACAGAAUGGCUUCCAAGCGCAAACAAAUUACAUGUGGCCAAGCACCAAGUUGGAAUUAGUUCUCGCAUUCAAGAUGUUAUCAGGCAUCUUUUAAGCGGUGGAUCAAAUGAAGUUGUCAUGGUUGGAGUUUGGGGGAUGGGUGGGCUGGGUAAAACAACAGCUGCCAAAGCCAUUUAUAACCAGGUUUAUCAUAAGUUUGAAUUCAAAAGUUUCCUUACCGACGUUAGUGACACUGGAAAUAAACAUGGUAUGGUUCAUUUGCAAGAAAAACUUAUUUUUGACAUCUUGAAAAAGAAGUCUCAAAUAAGCAGUGUUGAUGGAGGUAUCAGUCUGAUAAAACAACAUUUUCAAUAUAGAAGGGUACUUGUCAUCAUUGACAACGUAGAUGAAGUGGAACAACUAAAUGCAAUAGCUGGAAAUCAUGAUUGGUUUGGUCCAGGAAGUAGAAUUAUCAUAACGACACGAGAUGAACAUUUGCUAAAGCAAGUGGAUAAGACAUAUCCGGCUCAGAAAUUGAAUAAAGAAGAAGCUCUGGAGCUCCUUAGUUGGCAUGCAUUUGGAAAUAGUUAUCCGAAUGAAGGAUAUCUUGAACUCUCACAAAAGGUUGUUUCUUACUGUGGAGGUUUGCCACUAGCUCUUGAAGUUUUAGGUUCUUUUUUAAAUAAAAGAACCAUAGCAGAGUGGAAAAGUCAAUUGGAGAAAUUGGAAAAAACUCCUUACGAAAAAAUAGUAAAACCAUUAAGAAUAAGUUUUGAUGGGCUAGAUGAUACACAAAAGGCUAUCUUCCUUGACAUAGCUUGUUUCUUUAUUGGAUGGGACAAGGACUAUGUCGCAAAAGUAUUCGACGGGUGUGAUUUUUUUCCUACAAUAGGAAUUAACGUCCUUCGUGAACAAUGCCUUGUAACUAUUGAAGACAAUGAGUUGAAUAUGCAUGAUUUGCUUCAAGAAAUGGCUAGAGUAAUUAUUUCUGAAAAAUCCCCUGGUCACCCUGAAAAAUGGAGUAGGUUGUGGAAUCCUCAAGAGGUCACCAACGUCUUGGAAAAUGAAUUUGGAACUGAAGAAGUUGAAGGACUUGCUCUAGAUAAUUCUUUUUCUCAUGACAAGUCGAGUUUCAGUACAGAAGCAUUUGCCAAAAUGAAGAAACUGAGAUUGCUUCAGCUCAACAACGUAAAGCUCAAUGGAGAAUACAAACAUCUUCCCAAAGAGUUAGUGUGGUUGUGCUGGCAUAGAUUCCCUUUAGAGUCCAUACCAGAUGACUUUUUUAAUCAACCAAGACUAGUUGUUUUAGAGAUGCAGUAUAGCCAACUGGUACAACUUUGGGAGGGUUCCAAGUCACUUCAGAAGUUAAAAAUUAUUCAUCUCAAGUGUUCCCAUUUCUUAACUAAAUCACCAGACUUUUCACAAGUCCCGAAUCUUGAAGAGUUGAUAUUGGAACAUUGUGUCAGUCUUUCCGAGAUUCACCCCUCCAUUGGUCAUCUUAAAAAACUUUCUUUGGUGAACCUUCAAGGAUGCAAAGUGCUUAUUUCGCUUCCAAGGGAUUUCUAUAAGUCGACAUCUGUUGAAACUCUUUAUCUUAAUAACUGUUCAAAUUUCAGAGAACUGCAUGAGGAUUUAGGGGGGAUGACAUCAUUGAGAAUACUUGAAGCAAAUUUAACAUCAAUAAGACGAGUACCACCUUCCAUAGUAAGAUUGAAGAAUCUCACUCGUUUAUCCCUACAUGGUGUAAAAAGUAUUCAUUUGCCCUCUUCGUUACACGGCUUAAACUCUUUAAGGGAAUUAGAUCUCUCAUUUUGCGAAUUAGCUGAUGAUCCGAUCCUAAAGGAUCUUGGGAGUCUAAUUUCUUUACAACAUUUGGAUCUUGAAUGGAAUAAUUUUCAUACCCUACCCAGCCUGAGUGGUCUGUCAAAGCUUGAAACAUUGAGGUUAAAUGGAUGCAAAUAUCUUCAUACAAUCCUUGAUUUACCAACAAAUUUGAAAUUUCUGUAUGCGUUUAAUUGCCCUGCAUUGGAAUCAAUGCCCAAUUUUUCAGAAAUGUCAAAUAUGAGAGAACUAAAAGUAAGUAAUUCAACCAAACUGAUUGAGGUACCAGGCUUGGAUAAGUCAUUACACUUCAUGACAUGGAUUAAUAUGCAAAUGUGUCCCAAUCUCACAGCUGAUUUUCGGAAGAACAUCCUACAGGGAUGGACUUCUUGUGGACUUGGUGGUAUAUCUCUCCAUGGGAAUUAUAUUCCCGAUUGGUUAGAGUUUGUCAAUGAUGGCAAUAAAGUCAGUUUUAAUAUUCCUCUGAGUGAUGAUCGUAAUUUUGAAGGGCUGAUUGUAUUGUGCAUUUAUCGCUCAGGCAAUAGAAUUGAUCGUCAUCUUCCUCUUGAUGUUACUGUUAUAAAUAAUACCAAGCGUACUAUGUUACGGGCCUACAUAGGCAUAACAGAUUGGGAGGAGCUAGUAUAUGAGGACGAUUAUCUUUGGCAGGGACAAUUAUCUAACGAUAAGCUCAAUUUGCAAGGCGGGGAUAAAGUUGAUAUAAUUUUUGAAGACUCAUUUGCGAGUUUGCAUCCUGAUUAUUAUGUGACAAUGAAGAAAACAGGGGUUAAUCUAGUAUGGGACAAACUUAUGAUGGAAAAUAUGCAUGAUUUGGACGAAGCCAGUUAUGUUUUUGACCCACAUCCAGCUCGGUUCUAUGAUGCAUCUGAUAAUAAUCAUCCCAUAAUCAAAUGAGAAUCACGACAGAUGACAGAAAUACAACAACAACAACAACCACAAAGCCUUUUUCCACUAAGUGGGGUCGGCUAUAUGAACCCUAUAACGCCAGAUGACAGAAAUGGGAAAAAAAACAAAUUUUAUUUUGAAGUGAAAGCAUCAUCUCUAGAAUAAAUCACACCCAGAUCGGUUCUAUGGUCAGGCACGAUCAAGGCAGUGAUGCUUCGUCAACAUCAGGCUCAUCCUCAUCAUCACAUAUAUGAGUUCCUGGACUACAGAUCACCACCAACUUCAUCAUCAGCAACAGCAAGUCGAUAUUUCAUACUUCUUUCAGAUUCUUAUGAUUUUUCAAGUUUGGGACGUGGUAGAUAAAUUCAGUUAUUCAAGCUAAGGGCUCAAGUCUAUUCAUCCCUGCCGUUCUAUUGCUAGUUGAAGUAAAAUACAUAAGCUUACUCACCAAUACGACCCGUACCAAUAAAUUUGGUCUGACAACAACCUUGGUGUUGACCAGGAACACAUCACCAAUGUAAAGAUGGUUCGGGGGAACAUAAACACAGCAUAACUCUUCAUCUCUGUAAUAGCUCUGCAAAAUAAUUCUUUCAGUCCAACCAAGGGGACUGAAAUUUUCUAUAAAGCUCACCUGGGGAUAUGGCAGAACUAAUCUGCUUGGAGGCAUUGUAGAUAUGACGAACAAACGGCAUUUUUCUGAUAAACCACUCUCCAAGGCCAGGACAGAUGCACUGAUAUAAAAGUCAAGAAUCCAGAGCCAUACGGCUCUAAUUCAAAGAGACAGAACAAUUCUGCGGUACACCUGACAAGUAAUAAGUCAAGUGCAGCUGACAAUUUAGGAACCGAGCCUGUUGGCGGCUGCUUGACAUCUGGAUUGCAAGUAAAUGAGGAGCAUUGGCAAGAACCAAGCACCGGUGGUUCAGAAAUCAAUCUGACCCAUGUCAACAAUUCUAGAAGCGAUGGAAGAGAGGUAUUGAAAACCUAUACCCAGAAACAAGAUCCUAUGAAGGUUCUUGAGCAUGUGAGGAUUACCAAUAUGCUUGAAUCUCCAAUAGCCACCAUAAAAGGUGUUUUCAAACACUUUAAGGAAGAAGAGUUGAGCGUUGAUAAAGAGGAGCUGAAGAGAGUGGAAGAACGUUUAAGAGCUGCGCUCAUUCAAUUUUACCAUCAGCUUCAACUGCUAAAGCACUACAGCAUUUUCGAAGAUUAUGAAAAAAAUAUGAGAAGAUUGCAUCAAGGAGAGCGGCCAGAUCAUACAUGCUAAUAGUAGACAAUUCUAAUCUUGGAAGUUCUGAUGAGGUCACAAACCUGUUGGAGAGAGUGGAGACUACCUUCAUACAAAAAAAUUUCAUACUCAAAUCGCAGGGAAGGUUUCUUUUUUGGCUGCUCGGUUGCGAGAGAGAGCACAGAGAGAAGAAGAGAAUUCUAUAUUUCUUGAUUGGAAAGAUGCAACGAUUCACCAAUAUAGAGGAUGACUGGACAAACUAGUUUGAAUUGGUGAUCCAAUGUGCUUUGACAUGAUUCAGGGAUUGAAAUUGAAGACUGAACAUUAUGUAUGGGAUAACAAUCAGCAUCAAAAUGAUCCUUCUGUGAACAAAUUUGAUGUGUAGGAAAAUCAUGUGGUGGAGAAUUAAGACAUGAAGAUGGCGGAGAGCCAAGAACUCCUCCUGAAAAUUGAGGAAAAGACUUGUAGUGACACUGACAAGUGUAUCAAUCCACACCAUCCAUACACCCCUAACAGUUUUAAGAGUGGAAGCUCGAAAACUGCUGGAUAGGGAGGAGGGUGCAGAGUACAUGGAAAACAUUUUUCCACUUUCCAGCUUAUUCGGAUACAUCACUCAACAUAUGCAAUUGAUUUCUGCUAAAUGAUCUUUUCCAUGAACUACAGCCUGGUGCCUCUGUUGUAGAACUUCCUCAGUUGGUACAAAUGAUUUUUAUUACCCCUUCUCUGUGCAGUUGGUCCAUUCCAUCACCUUCUACCCUUUCAAAAUUAUAUGCCAUUCCAGUCGUUUCUUCUUCAUUCGAGCCUUAUUACGCUGCAUAUGCGCCCCUCUUUACCCGGUAAUGCAUGGGAAAACAAUUGGAAUAUAUAUGAGUAGACGACAUGACAAGAUAGCGUGAUUUCUCGAUUGUUUUUUAAAUUUUCUGGAGACAUUUCCGGACUUUUUCUUGGCAUUAAGUAGCAAAUACUCCCCAUUCUGUUUCGAGUAGGCUAUUUUCUUUUGUUUGAUCUCAGGCGCAAGCCUUCAGGAGUUUUGUGUUAUACGUUUGCUACUGUGGUUUGGGAGAAUACUCAAGGAGGCAAAGCAAGUGCCACGGUUACGGUCUCUACGAUACGUUAUAUUUCAUUAUUGCUGUCAUACCAUUUUGGAUGCGCUUCCCACAGGUCUCAUUACAUUUUUCACUGUCUAGUACGUUCGAAUGCAUGUGUUACUCUUAUUCACGUUGAAAAUGGAUAUGGAGAUAGAUAGUUUCACUUGU